CACCAUGCCUUGUUCGCCAGUAGGCGGUGCAGUGCUACUGAUGUCAGGAGGCGUAGUCUGUGCCGAGGAUCGCUGGGAGUUUGCUGACUGUCCCUGGAUAAGCGUGAUGCUGGAGAACGACAGCACAGGUGGAGGUGUGAUACCCUGAAGUCAGAGGUCAUGAGGAAGUUGCCCAGCUAACACAAACUGAUCUGCCAUGGAUAUCCUAUACAGAACUGAGAGUCCUUUGGGGGACUCCCUGUCCAUGGACCCUCCAGUAAAUGAGACUGAGCAAUGUUAUAAAGCGCAUUCACACAGCACAGUUCUGCAGGGGCUUCCAUUUGGUGGGAUCCCUACUGUGCUAGCCAUCAACUUCCUGGCUUGGCUGGUUCUACUGCUAAUAUUCUCCUGCCUAAGGAAGGCUGCUUGGGACUAUGGACGUUUGGCAUUGCUGAUAGACAAUGACAGCCAUGCCUUGCAGCGCAGGUGGACAUCAUAUGAUCUCACUUCUCUGUUUUACGGGGAGCCUAGUGAAAAAGAGAAAUCGCCCUGUGAGAUCAGUCCUUCUGAAGCAAGCACCAAAGAUGUGGGCCUGUGUUCCUGGCUCAGCUCCAUUUAUCAAAUGAAGGAUGAGGAGAUUCAGAGUAAAUGUGGAUCAGAUGCUAUUACGUACUUGUCUUAUCAACGUCAUCUUCUGGUGGUGCUGCUGGCUGUCUGUUGCAUCUCAGUGGCCAUCAUACUGCCUGUUAACUUCUCUGGAGAUAUGCUAGGUGACAGUCCAGCUCAGUUUGGCCGAACCACCAUCGUCAAUGUACCUACUAAGGAUCGUUUCCUUUGGCUGCACAGUGUUUUUGCACUUGUCUAUUUUCUCUUCUCAGUGCUGUGUAUGCGCCAUCAUACCUCUUCACUGCACUACAAAGAGGAUGACAAGGUUGCAAGAACACUGAUGAUUACAAAAAUCCCAAGCGAGAUCUCAGAUGCAUCACUGUUUACUAAACAUUUCCAUGAGGCCUAUCCCAGCUGCACUGUAACAGAUGUCCAAUUUUGCUAUGAUGUGCGUCACCUAAUGAAGCUGGAUAAAGAGAGGCGGCGAGCUAUGAAAGGACGCAUGUAUUUUGCUGGUCGUGCUCAAAAAGAAGGGAAAAUUCAGAUCAAAAUUCACCCAUGUGCCAGACUUUGCCCAUGUGAUUGCUGUGGCUUUCAGCAGGUGGAGGCUGAGCAGUAUUAUGGGGAGCUGGAAGAGAGACUGACAGAUGAAUUUACAGCAGAAAGGAAUCGGAUUACUCUGAAGAGGCUGGGUGCUGUAUUUGUCACAUUUCAGGAUGAAAGAAUGACAGCAGUGAUAAUCAAAGAUUAUAACAGACUGCCCUGCCACAGAGCACCUCAGCAAUCGUCAGUCACCCCGUUGCUAAAAUCACAUAAGUGGAAGGUACAUUAUGCCCCAGCACCAAGUGAUAUCAUUUGGGAGAACCUGGCGGUGUCUGGAGCAUUGUGGUGGUUUCGGUUCUUGGCUUUGAACCUGUUGCUGUUUGUUCUGCUCUUCUUCUUGACAACACCUGCUGUCAUAGUCAGCACCAUGGACAGAUUCAAUGUUACUUACCCAGUGGAGAAACUGCGAAACCCUGUUAUCACUCAAUUCCUUCCAACGUUUCUCCUCUGGAUGUUUUCUGUGUGCCUCCCUUUCUUGGUUUACUAUUCAGCUUUCUUCGAAUGUCACUGGACAAGAUCCAGUGAAAACCAGCACACAAUGCACAAAUGCUAUUUCUUUCUUGUAUUCAUGGUUAUUGUCUUGCCUUCUCUGGGUCUAACAAGUUUGAAUCUAUUCUUUCGCUGGUUGUUUGACAUUCACUUUUUGGAUGAAGCAAACAUAAAAUUCCAGUGUGUUUUCCUUCCCAAUAAUGGGGCAUUCUUUGUGAACUAUGUGAUCACAGCCAGUCUCAUUGGCACUGCCAUGGAGUUGCUUCGAUUCCCAGGGCUCACAGUGUAUGCAGCACGUCUUUGCCUUGCUAGGACAGAGCCAGAUCGCCUUCAUGUUAAACGGAACCAAGCCUAUGAGUUCCAGUUCGGACUUGAGUAUGCUUGGACCACAUGUGUCUUCUCUGUGGUUAUGGCAUACAGCAUUACAUGUCCUGUAAUUGUUCCUUUUGGACUCAUAUACAUGCUUCUGAAGCAUAUGACCGAUAGAUAUAACAUAUACUAUGCCUACAUUCCUACAAAGCUGAGUCCUGGACUGCACAAGGCAGCUGCCUACCAAAUGCUUGCAGCUCCUGUACUUUGCAUAUUCUGGUUAUUGUUCUUCUCAGUACUGCGUCUGGGUUCCACGCACCCAGUCACUUUGUUUACCUUUGCUGUCCUCCUCUUUUGUUUACUUUUCUCUACUUUUGGGCUUUGUCUCAAGAAGCUGCAACCAAACAGACCAUCCAGUUAUCAGAUGUCUGAACCCAAUGAGGGGAUCAUCCAAGAUACAGAACGAAGCAGCAUAUCCUCCACAAUCCAGUCCAAUGUGUUUGUAGCUUCUGUCCUGCAAGAGCAAGAGCUUUCUCCAUUGGCCUCCCCUGCACAUGCCUCAUAUGGAGCACUGGAGACCCGCACAGACACUCCUGGUGAUGAGCAGGAGACAACCCCUGAGUCCAUGGUGGGGGAUACCUGCCACUGAGUAAAUCUAAGGAGUGCCAAACAUGACAAGUUGUAGCACGCUCGAAGGAUAUUGGCAGUGCUUAUAUUUGGUUUUAUUUCUUUAUUUUCUAAAGACUUUGUGAGCCAGUAGCAAGCUUCUCCUUGUCCGUGCAUGGGCAUAAGAGUCUUUCUGUGGGCCAGUUUUAGACAGUCUUUGUCUAUAUCUUGGCAAAGUUAAGUCAGUAAUUGGAGACCAGCACUGAGCUCCUCUCAGGAAAGUGUGGGCGAGAAUUGGAGCCGUUCUCCUUGGCAGUGUGUGUGCUAUAAAGGAGCUUUGAGCCUGGGCAAAAUGCAGACCAGUUUGUUAUGAGCAGUACAUGGAUCAUUCUCAGACCAGUGAAUUAAUUUUCUUAAAAUGUUACAUGGGUCAGUUCCACUGUAAUGGUGCAUGUCCAUUCAGUAUUAACAAGCAAGAGCAAACACAAGACAAAUGCCGUUUUGUGAUUAACAGCAGCUAUUAUUUUAUGCUGCAUUGUUUGUAAAGGGAUUCACUAAAAUAACUGAGUACUAGUAUAAAUAGUUCUCUUUAUAUAUUCAUUUUGUUGCUGUGUAACAAUGCAAAGCGAUGCAAUUGCCAGUGAGUUGUCAGUCCCAUGGUAAAUUCAGUAUUCAAGAGAUCCAGACACUCUACUCUGUCACUGGAACUCCAGUACAAGCUGCAUUAGAGACUCAUUGCCGGUCUAACCAGCUGCUGCUGCUGCUUAUUUCAUAAUCCUUGCUGAUAUUUGUCAGGAAUGGCGUGAGUAGCAAGACACAGACCCAUCAUUACAGUACAUUGUUAUCCAUUUAAAUGCUCACUAAUCAGAAAAUCUGAACCUAAAGACAUUUGCCUUUAUUGAAAUGUAAAUUGUAUUGUUAUAUAAAACAGAAUCACUUUAAGAUGCCUUAAUAUCUACUAGCAAGCUGUGCCCAAGGAUCUACAAUAGAGACAUUAUUGUACAGAGAGCUGAGAUGUGAAAUCUGUAAUGUCCUUUGGAGCAGAAUGUGACUAUGUUGAAUCUCUGGGAUGUAUAUACUGUACCACCACUAAUUUCUUCAUUUUACCCAAUCUAUCACACAUUGUCUUUCUGCUGUCAGUGGCAAAUAUAGUAGUUACUUGUUCUGCAGAAGAAAAUCCUUUUUAGGAUUCCCCUCUCUAACAUACAGUUAUUGGAAAAAUAUGCUUCAGCCAGGACCCCCAUCUGACUCUCCAUGCUCCUGAGGCCCCUGUAGCCCUGAGUUUCAUUCAGUAGCACUAACUCAUAAACUGCCUUUCUGCUCUCUCACAGACAUACUGGGAACACAUUUAAUAAGGAGGCACAGAGCAUUUAACCAUUCAAAAUAUGUAACUUUAUUAAUCACAAUGUACGUGAAGGGUUAGUGAGUGAGGGAAAAUAAUGCAUGUGUUUCAUAUCUCCCAACAGACACUUCAUCAGACAUAGAAAAUAACAUUUGCAGUUUUGAUACUCACUUAUUGUAAUACAAUUCCAUUGACAUUUCUGGGAUACCAUUGGGAAUGCUUGUUACCUGAGGUUUUCCAGGGGAUAUUUGCGCAAUUUUUAUAGCAUGAAGUAAACCUAAUGGGGUUGUUUUGCCACCAAUAUGGAUUCAUGCAGUUUAGUUACCAUCAAUUACAAGGUACUGUUUUAUUAUUCCAGAAAAAAAAGGAAGUAGUUUUUAAAAAUGAGAUUUAUUUGUGUGAGUUGUCAGCCUUUCCAUAAAUCUGGCUAAGGGGUUCCAGAUAUCAUAUCUUUACAUUGUGAAGCACCAAGCAGCAGGGUAUAGAGAAGAGCCAUUGCUAGUACUUCAGCUUUCAUACAGCCAUUUCUUUUAUAUUGCUAAUUUUACUGGCAGCUACUGCAUCCCUUUAGUUUCCAUAAAAGUGUAAGACUGAAGUGUAGAGGUCACGGUGCAGAAGGGGGUGGAACUAUGGCACUUUCCAUAGCUAGAUUGUCAUAAAAGUAGCAAGGAAUAUACAGAAACAAAAACAGAAGGCAGGCACAUCUGGUAACCGAAAAAUGUGAAUAAAGUCUGGAACGGCAGCUUGUAGUCUUGAUAAAAGUUAAUGUUUUAUUUCAAUCCAUAUAAAACAACAACAGCAGUAGCCUUACACCUUUCGUACCUAGAGGGUACUUAGUCAUAGGCUGCUUUUUCAUCACAAAGACAUACACUAUUUAAAGUCCUGGUGGCCAAUCAGGAAAUCCCACAAAGGAUAGGCCAAUCACAUUAUACUUUUCAUUUAUUUGCACAACCAAUUGUAAAGAGUCACAAAGUAGCCAAUCACCUUAGUAGAGAAAAAAACUUUAGUGAUGAGUCAUAAGUAAUUUUUUCUCUACUUUCUCUGCCAUGUGCAGUAGUCAGUUGCUUGAGGAGCCAAUGAACCUGUCUGUAUGUUUUUGAAGUGUGGAAGGAAACCAGAAAAUACGGAGGAAGCCCAUAAGGACAAAAUGACACUAUACAGUCUCCUUGCAGAUAAAAAGAGGCCCGGCCCAAUCUAGCCCAGGUCCCCAGCACUACAUAAGCACGUCCUGCACACUCCAUAAUACCAUUAAAUGGCUCCUUUUUCUUUCAUUUCUAGGCACACACGUUCCGCUUCACACAUACAUAUACACUACCUCUAUUUGCCAGCCUAAUUCUGCAUUCCAUCACCACACCUUAUUAAUAUUCAGCUGUAAUAUACACACUUGCCACAAGGGGCAUUCAAGUGCCACUGGUCCUUGAAGCUACCAAUGAUUGAAUGUUAAUGUUAGAUGCAAGCCUUCCAGACUACCUUUAAUUCUAGAAUAAGAAGUUGGUUUAUUGGCAGGUGCAGGAUUGAGGUGUCACUUACUCUUGGGGGUGAUGGCACAAACUAUAUUUGUUGAGUUAAAGUGCUGUUGAAACUGGUGUAAAUACAAUCUCGAUAUUCACAGAAAUCUGCCAAAAUUCUGAUUUAACUUUAACCACUUUUCAUUAAUGGUGCAAGAAAGACAGCUUACAGAAACUUGAAUAUGUCAUUAAAACAAAACAAAAAAGAGAAGAAAAUAACAGAAGCAAAUACACAGAAAAUAACAUUUUAAUGACAUUUUUAAAAUGGAGUAAAGAUAAAUUAUCUGUGCCCCCAUAUUAUGCCCAGAACUAUGGAGCUGCUCAGCGGUGUUUCCCACCACCUUUAGCGGUGUCGCUUCUGUGUACAUACAGACUGGGAGCAAAUUUGGGCUCAAAACUGGGAUCUUAGGCUUCUGCACAUGUUCAUAGUAGAGUUUUAUGAUGGGAAAGGAAGUUACAUGGCCUACGAUGGUGGUGUGACUGCAGUUCUGGAUGCACAAAGGGCCACAGUUCAUACGGUACAAGUGUGGCUGGGGAGAGGGCAUGACAGAUUUGUGCACUGGCACUAAAAGUAGAAAUUUGCCUGGUUUCACGUCACCUUUAUCAGAAGACAACACCUAACAGGCUGGGACGCUGCUGAGAAGCUCGCCUCAGGCAGCAGCACCAUGAGGCUACCAGGGGUGGCAAAAAGCUGCUCCUAGUAACUUCAAGAACCGAGAUUCAAUACCAGGACCAUCAGGUGACUAAAGACCCACUAAGCUACUUAGUAGCAGCUACUUGUCGAGGCUACUUAACACCAGAAAACACCCUGCCAUAGACAAUACUGAGAAUUGCCUCUGCUAAAACACACACAGAGACAAUUAUCAGUAAAUGAUCAGCAGUGUCUAUUUUUGUAGCUGCUACUAGUAGCUAUGUGUGUCUUCACCCUUAGAGGGGACAGACUGGGCAUCCACAGUGUUUUACCUAACUUGGGAAGCUGGGUAUUUGAUAACUAUGUUGGUGUUCACUGAAAGAGAAUGCUACUGUAUAAUUAUACUCCUUUUCUAAAAGCCAAGGGCACCUAUUAGAUGUUUUUACCAAGGGCCAGCCCUGACAGCUGGAAUUGCUUUGGUACCUACACCCUGGAUGCCAGAGAUCUGUAUUCAUUCUAUUUUCUGUCUCAUUCAUUGUUUUAUCUCUUCUCCUCAAUAUCUCCUUCCUCCAUGGCUGUGUAUUUAUCCGUGCAUGGGGAGAGGCCCAUUUUGCAUUUGAAAAAAAUAUUAAAGAAGUUGCUGAUUUUUGCCAAAUAUAAUUUUGAAUGAAA